AUGAGACUGUUACAAGUUCUUUCUUGUACACUGGACACUGUAGUUGGAUUUUUGAUGGCUGGAGUUGGUAAUGUUGACAUAAGGAGGAAGACAAACUACCUCAUCGUGGAUUCGAAGACUACUGUGAGACAAAUUGAGGAAGCUUUCAAGGAAUUCUCAACGAGGGAUGAUGUUGCCAUCGUCCUUAUCAGCCAAUACGUUGCCAAUAUGAUCCGGUUCUUGGUGGACAGCUACAACAAGCCGGUUCCUGCAAUCCUGGAGAUCCCUUCCAAGGACCAUCCCUAUGAUCCAGCUCAUGAUUCAGUUCUCUCCCGUGUCAAGUACCUCUUCUCUGCGGAAUCUGUGUCACAGCGUUAA